AUGACAACCUACACCUACACCGACACUCCAAACUCAAAUCUCGUCUGCUGCAUCUGCCAUGCCCCCUUCACAGACCCAACGACGACCAAGACAUGCUCACACACUUUCUGCCAUCACUGCAUCCUCGAAGCCGUAAAACAUUCCCCCCAAUGCCCCGUCGACCGCUCUCCCCUCUCUCUCCAAUCCCUUCUCCCCGCAAACCCAAUCGUGAAGCACACGAACUCAUCGUCCAAUGUCCCCACCAAUCCGUCGGCUGCACACACACCUGCCAAAGACAGCUCCUCGCCUCACACCUCAAAAACACCUGCCAACACGUCCCCAUCCCCUGCUCAGAACCCGACUGUCCCCAGCUCGUCCUCCGCAAAGACCUGGGAAAGCACACCGAAACCUGCAUCCACCGUUCUCUAG